UCUGUUGGAGCAGUCGGAGUACGAAGAGAGAAAGUUGCGGAUUGAUUGUGGGGGCAGAUUGAGACACGGUUUAUAUUUCUGAAGUGUAAAAUUGAUCAGAAAUUGUCGACUUGUUUACUACAAAUUAAUUUUACAAAUCUCUAUCACCUAAUUAUUUCCACUAAAUUAUUAAUAACCAUAAUUAAACAAUUCGGCAUUUAAGUCGUGCAAAUGUAUAAAUAAAUUGAAAUAAUGAAAAGGUAGUAAACCUGCAUUAAUCAAGAUUUAUUACGGUAUCAGGAAAAAAAUACUGUAAAAUACAAUUUGUGAGGCAAACUGAGACCGGAUUUAACAAGAUCACCCUUGCCCUUCUUCCACCAUGUGCACCCAUACUUUCUCCACUACAGGUGUGAAAAUGAGACUUUACGACGAAAAUCUGUAAAAAGAGAGAAAGAGGGAUAUAAAAAAGUAAAUAAAUCCAUUAAAUCCAACCCAAUCCGCAAUUUUGGAGGGAAAGUAGAAGAAGAUUCUGACAAAAAGUGGAUGGAUGGAUGGGUGAAAGGACCCGAAUAAAUAAAUUGGACGACAUAAAGUCUCAUCUCCCUCGAGGCGCAAAGUCCCCCGACCACACAAAUCAGUCCUGCUAAUUUGCAACACACCCAGCCUACCCAUAUUUAUGUUGGUUGGUGGUGGAUUUCACGGUCUGGUGGUACAUCUACUCAUCCAGUGGGCUGGGCAGUUUCCCAAUUUUUGUGGAAAAACUAGAUAAGAAAUAAGAGUUCAAAUGGCAUCGUUCUCCUCAUUAUUAAGUAGCUGGUCGUCAAAGAAGAAGGGUGAACACUUGCCAACUUGUUAGUUAGUUGGGGAGGAGAAAGUCCGAAAUAAGGUGUGCGACGAAUUGACAUUUCCUGUCCCUCAAGCCACAUGUCCAACCCAAUAUCUGAUUAAAACUUAUUUAUAUGAGUGGAUUGGACUCGAGAGAACCAAUUACUCUUACGACAUCCAUCUCUCCACUUUCUCUCGCUACUUGAGAAAUGGUGGUGAAAGUGAAAACGAACCAAGUAAUUUUACCACCGGUGCGAAUAGUGCUACUACUUUUACUGCUCACUCAAACUCAUUUUCCAAGAAAAUCGUUCAACAACCCGACUAUGUAGCUAAAGGAACAAUCCAAUUACAAGGUCGUAUCGACGAACAAUGAUUACAUCAUCAGUAUCCUUAUUAUUUCGUGGUAGUGGAAUUUGAGCCCUUAUUUUUCCACAACAUCAAACGAUGAAAGAACAUUAUGAAACAUGAUAUGAGAUGAAUAGUUGGCCUUCCGUGGGUGCUGGUGUAGACGCGUCUUCACUUCCACCACUGCAAGCAGGGAUCCUGCCCAACAGGACGACACGGGUCAUUAUCAUCUAUCCGACAGUGGACCCUCAAGUGGUCGUGGUUCCGAUCGUAUCGAGCAUUUUUUUCUUCCCAAUCGUAGUAUUCCUCAUUAUCUGCUGGCUGCGGAAAAUGGCUGCUAAAAGGAGACAAAGAGCUCGCCUUGCUCAUCGAGAUGAUUUUUGGAAUGAGCGAAGUUGUGCGUCAAUAGUGCAACGGAGUCCACCACUCAGUCUCAGUUUGGGAAAUGGCUGCAGUGGAGGGGGUUCACCCUUCGGAAACAUUUUAGGCAGCGAACUGGCCACGACGACGAUGGAGAUUGAGAUGGUGGAACAACGCUACGACGCCAUCACGCAGCUCUCGUCGCCCAACAAUAACAUUGAAAAUGGGGUUCGUCCCAUGCCCAAUGAAGAGAUCGUACUGACCCCACCAUCACCGAUUUGUGGAGAAAACGUGGGAAAUGGGGGUGCACGUGUGGGUGGUACUACUACUCGCAUUCCUGGUUUGAUCUACUCGUCUGUUGUCUGAAUAACCCGAUUACCUGUCCUUGUCUACCAUUAUCUGAAACUAUUUUUGCCAACCCUUCCCCCAAAUCUAUGAUCCUAGAACUGUAUACUUUUUCUAAAAAAUACAUACUAUACUUAACUAACUUACUGUAAAAAUAACACUUCCUUUUUUGCUAAUGCUCUACUCUACUUUUAUUGGAGUUUUUGCUAAAAUGUUAACAAUCUAAAUUUAAAUCUAAUCUAAAUGUUGAAUAAAAUACUGGAAAGUGCAAAAGUUUC